AGCUGACCCUCAGUUGUCAAAUAAGUAAUAAGGCCAAGAUAAGAUGACUAAUAAGAACAAUUAAACUUCCAUCAGGCCUCUAUAUGGGAUCAAUUUCUCAGGUGUCUGCGUGUAAGCAUUGGCAUCCCAAUCCACAUCUAUUCCCCGCAGAUGUAUCAACUCUCGUCCCUUCGGUGCUUUAUGCAGUAUUCAAAAGCUACAGAAAUUAUCAGUGCAUAUACUUAAACUUACGAGCCUCGAGUCGACAACGUUCCAAGUGUAGCCAUAAUGUCACAAACAGAGCAAUAUGUUUGUUUCGCCGAUGAAAAAAGUAUCGCCUUAAAACAGGAUCUCGUAGCAGAUGAUUACUCGUUCGCUCAUUCGUGUGACCACUGCAGGAUAUUCACGAUAAAUAGAGCACCAUCAUCCUAUGGCUCGAAAUUUAUAAUCAAAGUUUCGAAAACGACCAACGAAAUUCAUGAGCUAGCUAUAGCUGGGUGUUUUUGGUGGAAAUUAUUUAACGACCGGAUUGAAUUCUAUACCAACCCUACGGUAGCCAAGCAGACCUUUACAUGGUAUGAUUUCGGUCCCUCGACAUCAGUUAUAAGCGAAGGCACCGCCAUCAUUGAAAUGGAAUGGUCUAUGCAGUCUCCCAUUAAAAUGUUCGCUUAUCUAAACGUCAAUGAUAAACGUUCUUACGCGGAAUUCAUCGCCUUGACGCAACCAGAUGCGAACAAUUAUCCAGGGUCGCACGCCCUGGGAUCUCCGAUUAACACGAAUCCCGGAUCCGACAAAUCGAUCCAAUUAAUUCGGUCCUGGAUCAAAUCAUGCUCUGUCCACCAUAGCUGCGGAAUAUCCAACCUGCCACCUUCGCGACCAACUAUUCUCCUAGCAGUGGGGAAUAAUCGUCUUCAUCUCGUAGAUAAUGCCGGCCAGCCGAAUGUUCGAUAUGCCGCUUUGUCUUAUUGUUGGGGAGAGGGAACCCAAAGGACCCUGCUCAAAAGCAAUAAUAAAAAACAACUUUUUGAUGAUAUCCCUUUUGAACACCUCGACACAACCAUUCAAGAGGCUGUGAAUAUUACAAGAGAAGUGGGGUUUCAAUAUCUCUGGGUCGAUGCUUUAUGCAUUACUCAAGACGACGAAGGGGAAAAAUCACGCGAAAUUGUAAAAAUGCACCAAAUUUACCGCGAUGCCACUCUAACCCUUAUACCAUCUAGGGUAGUAAAUGUGAAAGAAAGCUUCCUUUCAACGCGGGAUGUCGCCGGUUCUGCUACGCCUCAAUUUACCUUCGAAUUCCCAUAUCUCGUCGACGACAAUGCUGCUCCGGGCCGCACAGUUAUACUCUUAUUAUGCGAUUAUAUAGAAAGUAAACGCGAGCCUUGGUUCGAACGCGCGUGGACGUUGCAGGAAGGCAUCUUGUCUAAAAGGCGCCUACAGUUUGGCCCAGAACAGACUACGUGGGUUUGUCAUCACGGCAUAAUGCAGCAUAGAGACAGCGAUGGCUGGGUCCCUAUUCGAGACUCAAUUAUAACUGGCCUUGGGGAUGACAAACUUUUUAACAGGGCAAGCCAGAUUAUAGAGGGUUCCGAAUCAAAUAAUGGAACUUACCCUUAUCCCAAAACUGCUCAAUACACCUGGGAUCAAAUAGUCAUAAACUAUUCGGGACGUAAUACAAGGUACCAGGCCGACCGACUGCCUGCGAUCUCUAGCAUCGCCAGGAAAUUCGCUAACGCUAUCAACGACACCUACGUCUGUGGCCUCUGGAAAUCCCGACUUUAUCGAGACCUUUUAUGGAGCAAAGUUCAUCCCUACCAAACGAGUGAAAAUCCGUCUCAUGUUAACCCCUCAUGGAGCUGGGCCGCAUGUGAAGGUGUUAUAAAACCAUUUCAAAAAGAUAUGUCCAAGGACGUUGAUUUUGAAGUUUUAUCACAUGUCGUACAACCUACGACCGAUGGGGAUAUAUACUGUGUUGUUGAGUCAGCUAGCCUUCGGGUGCGCGGCCUCAUAGCCCCCAUGCCAAAAGAUAUAUUAAAUGAUAAAAGGGCGAACUUAGUUGGUAUAUUCGGACUUGACCCAACGUCAAAACCGGAUAUCUGUCGCCCGAAAUUCGGUGACUUUACCCAAGCAGAUCGAUCCUAUUUAAUUAGGAGGACGGAGUGUGAGCUUGCUGAGGAAAGACGUCAUAUUGAGGAACUAUCCAAUGCCCUGGUAUGCACGGAGAUAUCCAUCGACGACCACAAGUUAAUACCCGGAUACGGCGAUGAUGAUGAUGAUAAUAGAACUAUUACGGACAGCACUACGCUAAUGUGCCAAGGCAGUAAGCCACGUCCUGAAGCACUUGAGUUAAGCCUUUUCGUUGUUGGCCAUACGAAGACUCUCAAAGGACAAGUUAAGGGGCCUUCUGGACUCCUCGUAGCCAAAAAACAACACGGGGUGUAUUUUCGCGUUGGGCGAUUCAAUAUGUGGGAUAUAUGGGGACGCGACCGCUCUAGGUGGAUCGAGCAUGAUGACUGGUAUUCGGAUGAAUAUAGGUCGAGACUGUUGUACCUUUGGGGUGGAGAGCAGAGUGUCCGUGAGAUUACUCUGGUCUGAUGCAAAGGGCCUCCCUAUUACCGUAGUGAGUAAAGUGAGUAGUCAUGGUGUUGCCUGAUUCUUGAAAAACGACCGAAACGACUGAAAUUAUAUCUUGGGGUCAAUGUUUGUGGGAACCAUUGGUUGGCUGAAUUGUUAGGUGCUGAGAGACGCUUCUAAUGCUGACUCCGCCGACCCCUAAGCCCUAUAUCAACCACUAUCGUAUAGCAGGUGAAAAGCCAGUAGCACACUAAAUUGCACUAAUAUUUGCGACAUCUUUAGGUCGCUACUGAGUAUCUUCAGGCGGCAUAUCCCAACUUCUUAAGGGCCUUCCGCCCUGUUUUCUCUUCCCACUAACUUUUCCACCAUCACCAACGAAAUUCAUAACCCAUUCCCGCACCU